CUGUUCGGUUCCCGCCAGUCUAUGAGCUCAUUCCAGUUUUGCGUAGAAUAUUUGAUAAUGCUCUCGAGUUCAUGCGAAACGGCACUGUGAGGUCACUAAUUAAUAACAGCGUGGUCCGGCGUCGAUCGCAGCAUCGCUGAGAAGUUUAGUCAAGUGCCGGUACUGAAUCAGUGAAGAUGAGUAUUUUCGAUUGCUGGUCGCGCACGCUGCCGCUAGCACUAGUGCUGCUGGCGAUUGGCACAUCUGGACAGACCGAUUUAGGCGUUGACGACGAGUGCAUCGUUCAGCGCACAAAUGCGCCCGGAAUCUGUCGGAUCGUGUCCGAGUGCCCAUCCGUAAUUGAUGACAUUCGAAACAGGCGUCCCAAUCCCACCAAGUGUGGGUUCGUCAACAGAGUUCAAGUGGUUUGCUGCCCGGAUGGGGUCGAACCGAAAACAACAACUUCGACGGGUGCCCCUUUGGCCUCAUCGGCGAUGAGUAAUCAUCCUCGAAUUGCGGAAAAGUGCAUCGAGUAUGGGGAAGCCGUCUACUCGAAAGAAUACGUCAACUCGGUCGGUGCGGAAGCGCCGAAACUGCAACGCCUGGACAAGUGUGGCCACAAAGCGAUUGAGUUGGUGGUGAAUGGCGAAGCGGCCAAAUCGCGGGAAUUCCCCCACAUGGCACUAAUUGGAUAUGGAGAAGCUCCCGAUGUGCGCUAUCUGUGCGGUGGAUCGUUGGUGUCCGAUAGAUUCGUGCUGACCGCAGGUCACUGCAUCAAUUCCGUUGAAAGUGGUCCCGCAACCAUGGUCCGCCUCGGUGAGCUUGCCUUGGACUCCUCAAACGAUGAAGCUUUCCCGGAGGAUUUUACCAUUGCCGAAACGAUCCCCCAUCCGGACUAUCGGCUCACAUCGCAGUACAACGAUAUCGCCCUGAUCAAGCUCGACCGCAAAGUGAUCCUGUCGCCGUACAUUCGUCCGAUUUGCCUUCCGAUGAGCAGUGAACUGAAGAACCAUCGUGCCAUUGCCACAGGAUGGGGCACUAUCGGAUAUGGAGAGGCUACGAGUCCCAUUUUGCUCAAGGUGGUUUUGGAUAUGUUCGGCUAUGAAGAAUGCUCUGUGCAGUUUGAGGCGAACCGAAAGCUAAAGGAUGGCUUAAAACAAGAAACGCAGAUUUGUGCAGGUUCGAGAGAUUCUUCUAAAGAUACUUGCCAGGGAGACUCGGGAGGCCCACUCCAGGUCUACAACGACGAAAAUGUCUAUUGUACGUACACGAUUAUCGGAGUAACAUCCUUUGGAAAAUACUGUGGCUUGGCCGGGUCACCCGGAGUCUACACUAAGGUCUAUCCUUUUGUUACAUGGCUUGAAAAUCUGAUAUUUUAGAAUGGAUAAAAUAAACUCACCUCAUUUGCCAUAGACAUCGCUCAUGAAUAAUUGAUAAA